ACACUACUGGAAAACAUUCGGUCAUAGCGUAGUACGUGGUUUCACGUUCUAUCGUACGCGGUCGUGUGUACUCUCUGGUAUCGACAUUCGAUAAGUACAUCGCGAGGAAACCUCCAGCACCUCUUUGUAAGUAAAAUGCCUGUAAAAAUAUCAUGGCCAGUUGUAAUAGGUGUUAUCCAUCCAAAUAUCGGCGGUUGGGCUAGCGGAUACAUCACCAGGAAAAAUAUUCAACCUUGGUACGAGACUUUAAAAAGGCCUACUUGGACACCACCAAAAUGGAUGUUUGCUCCAGUUUGGACAACUCUAUACUGUACAAUGGGGUACUCUUCGUAUUUAGUAUGGAGAGAUGGUGGUGGAUUCAAAGAGGCUGCAAUACCACUUUCCAUUUAUGGAACUAAUUUAAUACUAAAUUGGGCAUGGCCACCUAUAUUCUUUGGAUCACACAACUUGAAAUUGGCUUUGUAUGAAAUCGCAGUAUUAUGGGGAAGCACUGCAGCAAUGGGUAUUGCAUUUUACAGAGUAAAUCCAAUUGCUGGCUAUUUAGUCAUUCCAUAUUUAGCAUGGACUUCUCUAGCUACAGCAUUAAACUAUGUAAUUUACCGAGAUAAUAAGCCGGAUGUAAAAGCAAUUACAGAUGAAAAAAAGGAUUAACACUUACUAACGUUAGCAUAGAAUGUCACCUAAUGAAAUAGUGCUUCAUACUUUACUUGCUUCUUUUACACUUGUAUCACUGUUAUUGAAUAAGAAACGUGCCUUGCAUUGAACGCACAAUGCUGUUAGUAUACAUGUUUUUAUUAUUUGAUAUGAAAUAAAGGUUAGUUAAUCAACCAUA